AUGUCCCCCCCGCCCACACCACUACCAAUACACAUCCGCCCCGCCACACCCCACGACAUCCCCACAAUCGCUACAAUCUCCGUCCGCGCAUUCUGGAACGAUCCCCUCUACGCGUACACCAAUCCCUGGCGACUGAGCCAUCCAGACUCGUUCAGGAACCAUUUCCUGAGAAGGACGAGGGAGCGGUAUUGGACGCCGAGUUGGAGGUUUGUCGUUGCUGAGGUUGAUACAUCAGAGGCAAGGGGAGAGGCGAGCGAGGGAGAAGGCGGGGAUGGAGGAGAAGGUAACGGGAAGAGGGAGGUCGUAGGUUUCACAUGCUGGCACCGCGAACACGGAGAUCUGAAGAAGGGGGUUGGGAUAGGAAUAGUUGGUAUGGCCGUACGUACCCCUUACCUGCUCUCUCCCCACCAGUACCUCCUCACUCCACCAGAGCCACCUUACCAGCCGAGGGAAAAGACCUCACUGACACAAACCAUCUACAGGCCUGGAGCGAACGCUCGCAAUCCUCGAAAACAAAUACGUCGCCCUCCUCGGCCUGGACAGAAGCGUCUGCAAGCCCAAUCUAGCCAAGUGGACCGUGGAGGGGCAUAA